AUGCCGACAGGAGCCACAGCCUGGGCACGGCUACGUGCGAGAAAGAGCUGUUCGUCAAGAAGCUCCGCAACUGCGCUAGGUUUGUUCCCGCCGUUUGCGGCCUUCCUGGCUGGCAGGCGGCGCUCUCGCUGUACCCCGACACGACAUCGGCAUCCCAGGCUAAGGCUUUUCUCGUCAGUCAUCAGCGAAGAGCAGCAGACUGCAUCUGAGGUGUUGGUGGAUUUCCAGACUUUCUGGAGAUGGAUCGUUCUUUUGGAGCGGCGUCGCCGAGGUACUCGAGUGCUGAGGACCUACCGCGAAAUCGGCCGGCGGGUAAAGACCAUCAUGCGAAGGCUGCGUGCAAGGGGCGUGGAAGUCUGCUUCCUCACGGCUUCUGGAACUUCGGAUCAUCCUGCAGGCCACGGAGAGGAUGCGAUGUUCAGGCUUGCCGAGGAACAGGUGGAAGCCGCUCUUGGCGACCGCUGCGUCUGGAAGGUCGUUGACCAGAGUCCAAGCGAGCUGCUUGAAAGGCUGGUUAAAGACAAUCCCCGAUCAGCAGUUGUGUUCGGCACGAAAGAGCUCCAGCUUUCCCCGCUUGCGCAAGAGUGGCUUCUUCAGUUACCAGGCGGUGAACCAGGAGGUUCGGAGCUUUCUGCAGAAGCUGCCGCCCUGCGCAGGCUGGAGUCACUGUCCGAGGCCAAACCCCAAGCAAAGCAGGAGGUGACGCCGGACCGUUGUCAGGUCGAGCCUCCAUCCUUGGGACUUGAGACCUUUCGGCCGACCUUUCGGCCCAACGGGACAGAUGUGGAACUGUCCGCCUCGCACACGACGGUGUCGUGGCUUCAGUCUGCAGAUCCUGCUUCUGCCGAUGCACCGCUGGCCGAGCAAGCCCACUGGCUACUGCGAAAUGCACCCCUGCUGCGAAAUCUUCGUGCAUUGCCCUCGAAGGCCAAAGCCUGGCUGCUCGAGCGCGCCGCUCGAGGAGCUUGCCUGAGCGAUUCAUGGCUAGCAAGCUGGGUUGAACUUGCAGAAUCUCUUGUUGAACGCUGCGGCUCCGAAGAAGGCUUCAAACAUUGCUUCCACAGCUGGGAGCCGCUGGGGGCUGCAGCAGCCGUGCAUCUGGCGGCUCGGUCGGUCUCCUUCCGAGCCCAGGAGCUUGAGUCCGUGGCAUGGAUGAUCGAGCUGCUCAAACCCAGGCGGCAUGCAACUGCCUUCAUGAACUCUUUGCUGGAUAUCCUGGACGACGAUGAGGCCACAGAGAUCAGUGUGCCUGACGAGCUUGCUGACGUGAUGGGGGCAUUCCAGGACACACUGCGCGGAUUGAUUUGCCUCGGCCGACUCUUGGAACUGGAGGAGCGUUGGAACUUCGAGCCAAGGGACUGCUUUGAUGCAAAACUUUUUCGAAUGCUACUCGCCCGAAGCUGUCGCACUGGCCUGCGAAGCCUCGGCCGCGGAGGGAGAGGAGGCCGAGGGACGGGGGUGUCCUUGGCCGCGACGAGGGCAUCCCGUUUGGCACGGUUGCUAGCGAAUGUCACGCCUCUGAUGGACGACACCGAAAGCGAGCGGUCCGAGAAGCUUUCGGAAUUGAAGGCUAGAGAGGAGGAAAUCGUCGAGGAAAAUGUUCUUGAGGAUGAGGUGCAGGAGCCUGCUCCUCGGUUCUCGGCUUCUGCAUGGAGAGAACGGGCGAUGCCAGAUCCAA